AUGCUGAAUAGAGAACAAGCAAAACAAGCGAUUUUAGAUUUAAGUGCAAGACAAUACAAAGCAAGUCAACAAGAAAAAAUUAACAAACAAGACUUAACUUUUUUGAUUGCCAAAGAAUUUCCAUAUAGCACUCACAAAGCUCUCAAAUAUGAAAAGAGAGUUGAAGAAUUAUCUGGCCAAGGCAGAAUUUACAAAACUAUUGACCAUAUUGGAAUACCACUUCUUGCUAUUGAUAAACUUUCAGAAUCAAAUGAGAAAAUUCCAAAAAGCUUAUUCAACGACUUUGUUUAUACCUCAACAAAACCGGAUUGGGAAAAAUUUGAAGAGCUAUGUUUGAAAAUAAUUACCUGCAAACUGAACUAUAUUCUCAAAUUGAAACCAAUUGAGCCUGUAAAUACUUUUACUGUUGGUGAACUUUUUCAAGGAGCACAUAUGACAGAUAUGCUUGCUCAUAUGACUUUGAUUACCAGUAUUGGCAUAAAAGCCUACUACCGUUAUGUUGAAGUUGUAGAGACAAUUUCUAAAUCACUCAUUCAAAACGAAAACAUGAAUAAUGUAAUCACAAAGGCAAAACCGAAUCAACAAGGUAUUGAUGGAUUUUUGCCUGUAUUUGUUUCUGGUGGGAGGAAAGUGUUAUUUGUAGUUCAAAAUAAGUUUAUGAAUGAUGAUUCACAAAUAAGGACAUUCGAACCCAAACAAUUAUGUGAUUAUUAUAACAAGGCACUAUUGGAUAUUGAAGGUUAUGAUAUUUAUCCAGUAAUUUUUUCGAGAAAAAAGUCUCUGAUAACACAGCCAAAAGUGUUACAACAGGAAUAA